UUUCAAUACAUCAAGACGCUACUAGCUCUACACAAGCACUUCCCUAAAGUACGAGUUGAUAUGGUUUUGCGUGAUCGGACAGUCCGCCUACAGCCUCCGUUAGAAGAAAUACGCGUGCAACACUACAGUCAGCUGCGCCGGCUGGUGUCGCUGCCCAAUCACUUCGUGGGUCUGCGGGCCAAUAUAGCCGACGAGAAAUCUAUCUUUGCAUCCAUCGUCGAAAAGCACGGCUGGCUCGGCAACCGCGCCGUGCGCGAGCUGGAGGCGGCGCUGCGGGCGGCGCGCGGCGCGUGCGCGCGGUGGGCGCGGCGCGCGGCGCUGGCGUGCGUGCGCGACCUGGACGCGCUCUGCGCGCGCCAUCUGCGCCGCGUCGCCGACUGGGAGGACAACUUCAAGGCCUGCAAGGCGCUCGGCCAGGCCGUGGCCAAGAUGACUUUUGACGACGAAAAAAUAGAAUGGAUAACUAUCGGAACGGCCACGUUGCGUCGCGAGUUUGAAGCUCAAACGCGCAACCUGUGGGCCUGUCUCAUGUCGUCCUUGCAAGCGAGCUGUCGCGACGACGCUGUCGCGUUAGAGUCUUUUAUGGCCAACGCUACUGUCAUGCUAGAAAACAAGGAAUUGCCUAAGAACGCUAAAGAUUUAGCUGAAAUAAGUUCCAAGCAACAGGCGCUACAGGAGCAGAUGCCCGAGAUGGAGAAAACAGUUGAGGAUCUAAAGAGAAAAGGAUACUUGCUUCGGACCUGGGGUGGAGAUUCAUCGAUCGAUAACACAAUACGAGAUUGGGAAAAAUUGCGCGAACAAAUUCUUAGUCAACGAGAAAUGUUCAACCAUCAGGCCGAAAUAGUGAAGAGCAACCUAAAGGGGUCCUGGGAGAACCUGCACGGCGAAGUGGAGGCGUGGGUGUCGCGCUGCGGGCGCCUCGAGCACGCGCACGCGGACAUGCGGCAGCGCGCGCGCGACGCCCUGCACGCCGCCGACGUCGCGCAGCGCCUGCUCGCCGCGCGCGCGCAGCUCGCGACCGACUGUGACAAGUUUAAUAUGAAACUGGAAAUUUCGGACACGUGGAGGGAAGCGGAGAGACUCAUGAAUGAUCUCUUAAACCUUUGGACCGUACUGAAAGAAUAUGGUGAUGAGUUUGAAGAGCUAGCUGGUCAAGAAUGGAUAAUUUUUCAAAAGAAACUUCAUGUUCUCGACGAUUUCGUAGCCAAGUGGAACAGUCAAUUGGAACCGUAUACCAACGUCACCUUAUACAUAAAACAAGAACUUGAAAAUUAUUGCGAACUUACAACAGCGUUAAAGUACCUACGUGGCACAGAUUUCACCGAAAAUCAUUGGCGAGAAGUAUUUAGUCUUAUAGAACUGGAAUACAUCAAACCGGAAACGCUAUUAGUAAAAGAUUUGUUGAAAGUUGGACCCAAUAUCAAGAAACAGAUGAAGACGUUGCAGAAAAUAAGCGCAGCCGCAUCGAGCGAGGCCACCAUCAGAUGCGCGCUCAACGAGCUGGAGCUGUGGUUCGCGGGCGCCAGGCUGGCGCUCGUGCAGCGCGCAGACAAGGCGCAGAGACGAAUCAGCAUCGUCACCAAUUACAAGGAGAUGAUGUCUAAGGUCGAGGAGCAGCAGUGGGUGGUGUCGUCGGCGGGCGCGGCGGGCGCGGCGGGCGGCGCGUGGGAGGCGCGCCUCGGCGUCGCGCACCGCCUCGCGCGCGCCGCGCACCACGCGCAGCGCAGGUGCGUACACUAG